AGGUUUCGAUUGGGGUGCCAGCUGUCCCAACUGGCGGGGGCCUUCCAUGUCCAUCAGCGAGUCAGACAUCUCAGUGGACUGGGGCAGGCAGCGGUGUAGACUCACCUUGGUGGGGCAAAGCUUGACACUCUUCGAUCUCAACUUCGGCACCACCACGGUGAACUUCCCAGCACCGAUUCGCGCCAUGGUGGGUGUGGGGAAGAAUGUUGAGAGCUGCCUCUCUGGCAAUCCAUCCGCCACGGAUGUCUUCAAAUGUGUGGCUGCGGCGAUUGGCAGUGAGUGGAUUGCAGAUGUCCCAGCCUUCCAGAUCCUCUUCGGUUUGGCUGAAGAAGUGUCCAGCUGCUCCGGCAAUGCCUUGGAAAUUUUCACUUGCAUCGCUGGGAAGAUGGGGGCUGCCAUAUUGGAGACGGUGUCGCCUUUCAGUAUUUUGAUGCAGCUGGGCCCAAUGCUCUCCGAGUUCAUUGCCUUCUUCGCCGAGUUGGCCAGCGCCUUGAUCCACACGCUUCUCUCAGAGAGCACCUCCCUGCUGCAGCAAGCGGUGGAGCAAACCCACUUCCCCAAGCCCGGGGAGAAGCCGCUCCAGUUGGCCGGCCCCAAGGGCCUCACCGCGCACGUGCGGCGCCAGAAAACCCGCCCCAGCCGCAGCCUCUUGCAGCGCGAGGCGCGGCAGGCGUCUGGCAAGCCGAGCAAUGAUGUGGACAACGGCAUCGUCGGCUUCGGCACCACGGAAGCGCAGCCGUAUGCCUCCAUGCUCAUCACACAAUUUGCGGGCGACGAGUUCGACACCGGUUCCUGCUUGGCCUUCGCGCCCAAGCACCGCACGGGCGCAGCGGGCAAUGUGACGCAGCGGGAUUGGCAAGUGCCCAGCAUGGACAGCCCGGAUUUUGUGAAGUUGGAACCGUGGGCGGUGCCGUGUGAUAACCAGUGGGCCAAAGACAAUCCCAGCAAAUGGGAAGGCUACUCCUUCUACACCUACGAAUCCGUCAUCGAGAAGUGUGCUGCCAUCACCUAUUCCAUGUCGGCCCAGCCAGUGAUUUCCUUUGUGGGUGGCCUGGAGUUCGAUUUGCUCCCCGCGCCGCUGAUGGAGGUCACCACGGAGGUCUGUUGGCCCGACCGGGUGACGGCACCGGAUCUGAGUUUGAUCGUCUUUACGGCGCGCAGCGCUGGCAUCGUACUCUUCACCCACACCAUCCGUUUGCAUCGACGCUUCGGCAACAACACCAACUUCACUGACGGCAAUUUCAAGGAUUCGGUUGAGCGGCCCAGGAACUAUUUCGGAAAAGGCACUGGAGAUGAUGACGACAAGGCGCUGCAGGUCCUGUCACGCGCCGCCCUGGCGCAGCUGAAUUCUACUGAGACGCCGAUGCAGAAGACGGUGUCCACGCCGAAGACACCGGCGCCUGCGUUCAGCGUGACCCAGGAGGAGCUGUUCCUGGCGUCUGCGAAGUACGACCGGAAGAUGGGGCUGAACAUCACCUCCAGAUUUGAAGGCCAGGCGGCUGUUGAGCGAGUCGAAGCUGUGCUGUCAAAGAAGAUGGCUGCCUUGCAGGAGGACGCCAACCUGGCGAGCCACGAGCUCUUCGAGUUGUCCAGUCCCUCGGGGUCCCUGGUGGGCUUCAGCGUUAAAGGCGAGUUGGCUGAAGGGAUGCUGCAAUUGGUGGUGCGCAUCAACUUUGGACCUGUGGAAUCACCAACAAAAACAAUUCCUCUCAUUGACCUGGUGGACAAUCUGCGCGUGGUUUUGGCGGCCUUGCCCUUCGUGUCACAGGCCAGCAAACAGAAGGCCAUUGAUGCGAUGUCGACCACCCAUUUUGAUCUGGAGAUGCCAGUGAAUGAAGUCUUAGAAACCUUGACCCUGGACACUGGCGCCCAACUGCCCGGCCUUCGUGACGCCAUGGUGGUGCGCAAGAAUGGCAUUUGCAGCGUGCAGGCGGCGCUGGCCCCCAGCAACUGGGGGCAGUUGACCACGUUGCCGCCAGAGUGUCGCCCCAGUGGCACCCUCGUCUUCAAAGUGCCAACACAGAGCGCGGUGGCGCAGGUGGAUAUCACGGGACAGGGAGUCGUCAGUUGGAUGGAGGGUAGCCAGGAUAGCUGGCUCUCCUUGGGCGGCCUUGUGUUUCCUGCGGCAGCGCCGGGUUGGCCGUUGGAGUUAGUGAAUGGUUGGAGCAACUUCGGAGGCUUUUCUGAGGCCAAGUACAUCUUGGUUGGGUCCCUGUGCUUCCUGGAGGGAGUCAUCAAGGGAACCAAUUGGAACGCCAUGGCCCAGCUGCCAACACACUGCCUGCCCACAAAGAGGCAGAUGUUCAACGUCAACGUGCAGGGAGGAAAGAAUGCACGGGUGGACGUGUGGCCAGAUGGAAAGGUGGUUUAUGUGGGCGGCGACGCCGGCAACUGGGUAAGCCUUUCUGGCGUCGUUUUCUCCACACGCCAGACAGAAUUCAGUUUGAGCCUAGCGGGUGGCUGGGUGAACAACGGUGGCGCGGAUGACGUCUAUGGCACUCCCACCUACAGCAUGGCCCAUGGUCACUGUUUGCUGGAAGGUCGCAUUAAAGGUGAUUUGGUGAGUGGUGGAGGGCUGCUGGCGGCCCUUCCAGUGGAGUGCUGGCCCACUUCUAAAUUGAUCUUCAGUAAGGCUUUGAACAGUGGCCCCAUCGAGGUAGAUGUCACUGAGUAUGGCGAGGUGUCCUACCGCACGAACACCAGCAGCAGCGGCGGCACCAUCAGCCUGUCGGGCAUUAUCUUCAGCGCGCCAAGUGAUGGGAAGCGGUUCUUGCCGACGGCAGGGGCUUGGUUCUCCGAUAGUGGCAGCUUUGGCGACGCGGCCCUCUACAUGACCGGCGGCUUCUGCCUGGUGGAGGCCCGGCUGCGUGGCGGCCACUUCGCCGCAGAAAGCCUGCUGGCCACGCUGCCGGAGGGUUGCCGACCGACGAAGCGGCUGACCUUCAGUGUGAACCACAACAAGUACCCACAUCGCGUGGACGUGACUCCGUCUGGUUCAGUGCUGUGGAUGGAUGGCCGUGACCGCUACAGCUGGGUAAGUCUUACAGGAAUCCGAUUUGCUCCAGGGGAGUUAGGACAGACCAAGUUGGCGGCGGAGAAUGGGUGGGCCGGGGCUGCAGAUGUGACCAAGCGCAAUGGCAUUUGCUGCCUGGAAGGACUAUUCCUUGGAGGCAUCUUGACUACCAGCGUGGCCAAACUGCCCGGCCAAUGCGUCCCCAACAGACGGCUCAUCCUCAACAUGAUCACUGAGGACGUGACACAGCGUGUGGAUAUUCUGACCACCGGCAAGCUGGAGUGGUUGGGAACAGCGCCACCCGCUGCAAAUGCACCAGCGGGAGUUCCAAGCGUCGUGCAAUUAACAGUCUCGGGCAUCCUCCUCGUUCCCGAUGAAUCCCACGCAGUGAGACUCCAGCUGCAGACUGGUUGGGCGCACUACGGUGGAGACUAUGGCAAGGCCAAAUAUGUCUUGAUGGAUGGAAUCUGCGUGAUUCAAGGCCUCAUUAAGGACGGCUCCAUGGGUUCCGUGAUUGCCCAACUACCAGAAGAGUGUCGCCCAAAGGCCGAGCGCUUGAUCUUCAACGUGAAUGUUCAGGACUUCAGCGCCCGUGUGGAUGUGCGAAACAAUGGGGAGAUGAUUUUCAAGGACGCUGAAAGCUGGACGGUGAGCUGGCUCAGCCUUUCGGGCAUCAGCUUUGCCGUGUAAUGUCGCUCCGUUUGCAGGAGCACAGAAUGAGACAUGUUCGCUGUGCA